ACCUCAAAGUUUUGUUUUAAAUUUUCAGUGUCUCUAUAAUCCUUUCUCUCUUCUCCAGGCGCUGAGGAUAUGUGGGGUGCAUACAGCGACAUGCGGGAGGCGAAUUAUAAAAAUUCAGAUAAAUAUUUCCAUGCUCGUGGGAAUUAUGAUGCUGGUCAAAGAGGGCCUGGCGGUAAAUGGGCAGCAGAAGUUAUUAGUGAUGCCAGGGAAGGUUGGCAGGGUGACAUUAGCGGCAGAGGAGCUGAAGUCACACGUCAAGACCAGGAGGCAAAUGCAUGGGGCAGAAGUGGAGGAGACCCAAACCGCUACAGACCAGAGGGCCUUCCCUCGAAAUACUAA